AUUGGUCUCAUUCCUGACGUUAACAUGUACAACCUUGCACUGUUUACAAAGUCACCCAGUGUAGGUGUCAAUCCUUCAGCCAUCAUGGGACAGUCACCUGCGUCCCCUCGAGCAUUCACGUCGCCUCACAUCACCCCUCCCAAUGUCACCUUCCGCUCUCCGCUAUAUAUUUACGAUUCAGUUCCCUCCACUCCUGGCGCGAUGCAGGAAUUGACUCCAGGCCCACCACCUCAGGAUUGCCCAUCGCCACGUCUAAUUCAUGAUAUUGUUACCAUCUUGUCCACUUCAGCAACACAGGAAAUCGAGCAGCCGGAGCCCAUGCCAGUCAUGUAUACCGAACAGCCGUCCUUCGAGCAAUGCGCCCCGCAGAAGAGGGCUAGGGCGUCCCCGAUUAUAAAGUUGGAGACAUUGCCAGACGCAUCCAUAUUGCGUGUGUUUUCUCCAAAACAGGAGGAACGUUAUGUUCUUUCUAGCUGCGACAAUUUUUUGCUCCCUUUCCACAACAAUAUGUUUCCGCCUCCACAGACCGCGGUCGAGCCAGAUCGCGGUAUCUACAACGAUCUACAUCCAUCGCCGAUUCUUAACGCGCACAUGGGAAUUGAGCUGUCUGAGCUUGCCUUCAGAGCCGAGCGCUAUAGGGCACGCCAUUCUGUACAAGAGAUUGACCGAGGAUGGCUGAUGCAUUUCGCGGGCAAGUUGAGCGACCGGGGAGAGCUUAUAGAAGAGUUCCGAUGCUACGUCGUCGGUUGUGGCCAGAGGAACAAGCGCCGAGAUCACAUCAUCGUACAUGUCGGGGCUCACGUUGAUCAACGGCCAUUCAGCUGUUCCAUGUGCACACAGCGGUUCCUGCGCAAGAAUGAAUGCAAACGUCAUGAGGCGAGCCAUACUGGUGUGAGACCCUAUCAUUGCGAAAUUUGUGGGCAGACUUUCGUUCGUCAAGAUCUGCUGAAGAGACAUAACAAACGGACCCAUGGAUUAGAGAAGGGCUUGCGCCGCAAGAAAGCGAGGAUUGAGUGA